UUGCUCCACCCUUAUCUCGUGCGCGCUUACAAAGGCCUCUUGCCUCUCUCACGCGCGUUCAGUCUCUUAAAAUCGCUUCGUCAUUUCUGUCCAUUGCUCCCAACGUUCUUCAGAUCAACAAGAAAACCUCAACCAUCUCCAGAGGUCCGCAACGCAAUAUUAGCCUUCAUCUGCAGAUCUUCAGAUUAUUCAUCUCUGUUUAGGAUUUUACAAGCCGCAAUGCAGAGCCCUAACUCAUCAAGUGAAGAACGUCGAUUAGAAGUUCGAAAAUUAGAGAUUUCGGACAAGAACAAGGGAUUCAUUGAGCUAUUGCAGCAACUGACCGUUUGCGAUUCUGUGUCCGACAAGGACUUCGAAGAUAGGUUUCAGGAAUUAAUCGCCCUUGGAGACGAUCAUAUCAUUUGUGUCAUAGAGGACGAUCGAUCGGGGAAGAUCAUCGCCACUGGAAGCGUUUUCAUCGAGAAGAAAUUCAUAAGAAACUGUGGGAAAGUAGGGCACAUAGAAGACGUGGUGGUGGAUUCGAAUGCUCGAGGGAUGCAAUUAGGGAAGAAAAUCGUAGAGUUUCUUACGAAUCAUGCUCGUGCAAUGGGAUGCUAUAAGGUAAUUCUUGAUUGCAGCGUUGAGAAUCGAGGAUUCUACGAGAAGUGUGGGUUCGAGCAUAAGGCGAUUCAGAUGGCGAAAUACUUCAGUUGAAGAAGCCAAUAACGUGUUACGACUUUGCGAUUGUUGGCCAUCAAAACGUAAAAGAACUGGUAAAAUGUACGACUCAUCAUCCUGCAAUCGUCAACAGGAUGAAACAAGUCAAACAGAAAAGUAACACUUAAAUAGUUGAUUCCGCCUAUUGUUAAAUAGCCGUCAAGCAACAAUGAUUGGCAACUUACCGUGUUCCCCUCUGUCACAUCCAGAUAUGGUGCAAGUUCUUC